GCUCCUCAGAUUCCCCAGAAGUGUUUGACAAGACAGUGAAGGUCGUCCUACCUGAGGAGCUCGUAGCAGCAAUUGACACCAAACCUGUGAUCUUCUGUCUGAUGAAAUCACCCUAUCUGUUUAAGAAUAUCAGCCAGAACCGGCUUAUUGGUUUGAGUGUCGGUGGAAUGAACGUCUCCGGUCUGAAGUCACCUGUGCAAAUCUCAGUGCAAGUGGAAAAGCCUGUAAAGUGCAAUUCCUUUAGAUCAUACAGUGCAUACACUUUUAAUAUUUCACUGUUUUUCAUUUUUAUAGCAGUUUUUAAUGCAUUUAAUAGGCAAACAGAAAUCUGAAGUGUGCAUUUUACAACUGGACAUCCUCUCGUUUUGAACUAACUGGUUGUGAAACAGAAUGGAAUGAAGAGGAUGACUGGAUCGACUGCUAUUGUGAUCACCUCACAUAUUUUGCCGUAUUAAUGGUUUCACCCAAAUCUGUUUCAAAACAAGAUUCAAUCAUUCUAAACUACAUCAGUGUGAUUGGAUGCAGCCUGUCUUUGGUGUUUCUGACAGUCAUCGUUCUUCUGUACUUCAUAAAAUGGCGUGCACAAGCAGAUCAUUCUCAGCAGAUCCACAUUAGCCUGGUUGUGGCUCUUAUAAUGUUAAAUCUCCAUUAUUUAAUGGUAGAUCGUGCUGUGAAUCUACACACUGCAUGUGUCUACGUGGCAGUCUUAAUUCAUUAUUCUCUGAUGGCAACGUUCACCUGGACAGCGAUCGAAGGUUUCCACCUGUACCUGCUGUUUCUGCGGGUCUUCAACAUCUACAUCAGGAGAUACCUCCUCAAACUGAGCCUGGUGGGCUGGGGUGUUCCAGCUGUUGUUGUGGCUUUGAUCUUCAUCAUUGACAAAACUGUGUAUCUGGGUGUGGGCUUGUCCACCAACCAAACAUGCUAUAUCAACAGUGACGUAGUGAAAUACUGCACCACCCUCGGCUACUUCAGUGUGAUUUUUGUCUUUAAUCUGAGCAUGUUGGUGGUGGUUGUACGGAAUGUCUGUCAGCGCUCUGUGCUGCCGGACCCAAACCUGAAACGGAAGGCCAAAAACACCUGUACAGUUCUAGGCAUCACCUGUCUGCUGGGCAUCAGCUGGAGUCUGAGUUUACUGUGCUUUGGUAAUCUCACCACCGUCGGCAUCUACGUCUUCAGCAUUUUUAACACCUUGCUGGGUUUCUUCAUCUUCAUUUGGUUCUGCAUAUACAAAUGUACACCCAGUGCGAGCCAAAAAGAUGUGGACACACAUAUAAGCAGCACAUCACCUUCAGAGAAAUAGAUUAUUUUUGGGGGCUGCUUUGCACAUUCUGCCCUUUACAUCUUUCUGAACUAACACUCUCUGGUCAGUUACUCUGGAACACAUGAUUAUUAUAUGGUGUUUAGCUCCACCUUGUGGCAUUAGGGGGUUAAAAGGGGUUUUAUUUCCUUUUGAGUCGACAAGUGACCGAUUAUCUGAAGAAAAUGAAUUCAUGAACAUUGUGUCUCGCAAUUCCAAUAGUUUGUAAUGCAUAUAUAAUAAUAUAAUAUAAUAUUUUUUUUUGCAUUGCAUUUUUUUUGUCUUAUGUACAGUUUCACAUUCUGAUUUAUAUAAACUCUAUAUUCUACAGUA